UCGGCGUCACGCACCGCCAUUCGCGGCGGGCACAGCCUUCGGCGCCGGGCGAGGAGCGUUGACUGCGUGGGGAAGGCUGGCUCCGGUCGCGGCCGCGGCGAGUUACAUCGUUUUCCAAUCUGCCCGCGUCCGCCGCCGCCCGGGACAGAGCCACGAUGUUCGGGAUGCUGAGCAGCAGCUUUGAGGAUGAUCCCUUCUUCUCUGAUUCUUUUCUUGCACACCGAGAAAGUAUGCGACAGAUGAUGAGAAGUUUUUCUGAACCUUUUGGAAGAGACUUGCUCAGCAUCUCUGAUGGUAGAGGAAGAGCUCAUAAUCAUAUGAGACAUGAUGAUGGCGAAAAUUCCUUGACUGCAAUGAAUUCUCUUGUGCCUUUUGGCAGUUUUGGUGGUAUGCGUACAGAUGUCAACCCUUUUCAGGCAAUGGACCGAAUGAUGUUAAAUAUGCGAAACAGUAUGCAGGAAUUACAAAGAAACUUUGGUCACCUUUCAGUGGAUCCAAAUGGACAUUCAUUUAGUUCUUCCUCAGUUAUGACUUAUUCCAAAGUAGGAGAUGAGCCACCAAAGGUUUUCCAGGCCUCAACUCAAACCCGUAGGGCUCCAGGAGGAAUAAAGGAAACUAGGAGAGCAAUGAGAGAUUCUGAUAGUGGACUAGAAAAAAUGGCUGUUGGUCAUCAUCUUCAUGACCGAGCUCAUGUCAUUAAAAAGUCAAAGAACAACAAGACUGGAGAUGAAGAGGUCAAUCAAGAGUUCAUCAAUAUGAAUGAAAGUGAUGCUCAUGCUUUUGACAGUGAGUGGCAAAAUGAGAUUUUGAAGUACAAACCAGUGGGACAGUGGCACAAUGUAGAAAACCCUAAGAUGAGAAGUGUUGGUCAUGAGAAUUCAGGCUGCCGAGAACUUAAAAGAAGGGAGAAACCUCAUCAAAGUCCAGCCAUUGAACAUGGAAGAAGAUCAAAUGUUUUUGUGGACAAACUCAACAUCAAAGGAUCACCUGUGAAAAUCAACAAAAAAUAAAUAGCCUUGCAUUUGA